AUGUCGUCCAAGUCCACGCCACGCCUACGUUUACGUCCACGCGUCAGAGUAACCACAGGUUGUUUCACCUGCCGGGGACGGAAAAAGAAGUGUGAUGAAGAAAAACCCAGGUGCUCUGGUUGUGUGCGAAAUGACCUAGAAUGUCGCUGGCCACAAGACCUCGACACUGACAAACGACCAAGGGCCGAAAGAGUGAGAGAGGACUGCCCGAAUUUCUUGCUAGUAGACAACUCCCGGCCGGAGUGUGUGGCGGACAGGGAAGAACCACCACCGGAGAUCUUCCCCUCUACCCAGCACCAGGAGCAACUCUUUGAUGACGAUCCGUUCUUGCCAGGCAGUGUCCAGAGCUCCCCUUCUACAUACAACUACGAGGAGCAUGUCAGCCAAGGUGAACCACUCGCUGCUGGCGACGCCUCAAUCAAUUGUUUGCCUCUGGCAACCGUCGAUGCCCCUCUAGAUAUGUGGGGUUUAGGGAUCUCGACGCGUGGCAUGUCUCUGCUGCCUGGUUACAACCAUGAAUCUUUCGAGCUUCUCAGUCACUAUCUGUCACGGACAGCCACCAGCAUGGGAAAUGGCUCAACGGAUGUGAACCCGUUUGUGGUGCAGUUAAUCCCGUUGGCGUUUUCCAGUGACCUCAUCCUACAGCUUAUCUUGGCCCAAAGUGCCGCUCAUCGCGCGACGUCUGGGGAUAUGGGCAUCAACAAACUGUCUGUGGCCUACUAUGGCCGCUCGUUACAACUCUUCCGAAAGGACGUCGAGGGUUAUAUUAGCGGCACGGAUGAUAACAAGAUGAUUCUAGCAGUAGGAGCGCUGGUUUUGUGCUUUACUGAGACAACCAAGGGAGACAUCAACGGCGCAAUUUUCGACCACCUUGCGGCCGCCAGGCUUCUGCUGGUAGAUUCAAUCUGUCGGCGGGAGCCAUCCAUCCCGGAUACGCUCGAAGCAUUUAUUGUUGAAUAUUUUGUGUAUGCCCAAACGUUGAGCAUGAUAUCCACCGACGCAAGAUUCAACAUCCUACCAAAUCUGAAUCCUCUGGUAGAACGAAAGGCCCAACAGCUUAUCGCGACGAAUUACGUUGGUCAACUUUGUGGCUGCUGGCUGAGACUGUUGCUUCUUAUCCCCCAGAUCUUCGACUUGGGGAAGAGAGCAAUAUCAGAUGCCACCACCGGACACAAUGAGCCAGCUUUCCCAUCUGCAGAUGAUCUUGCACUCUUUGCAUCUCUUCAUUCCGACAUCGUUCAAUUUACUCCGGCUCCCGGCGUUGGCCGGGAGGUUUCCGUGGCUGGUCGGAUCUUUCAGCAAGCCACGCUACUCUACCUCCUUACCGCCGUGCAAGGCAUGGGGUCGACGCCGAAUGGCAGUCACGAAUCUAUGGUGCAAAAGGCGUUAUCGACAGUACUCGGGUACCUGGAACAGCUGCCAGCGACGGCCAGGAUCAAUACCAGUCUCUGCUGGCCUCUUGCCGUGAUUGCAGCUUGCACGGAGAACGUGGGAAUCCAAAGUCUUGUUCGAGAUCGUUUGAGAACCAUGCACUUGACAAUCGGCCUCGGUAAUAUCCAACAAACUCUCAACAUCGUGGAGCACAUGUGGCGGCGGCCUCGCAAGGAACGCAGCCCGUGGACAAUUUGCAGGAUCAUGCAGGAGCACCAAAUCUGGAUAUCAUUUGCUUGA